AAAAAUAAAAUUAGACGACAGUAAAGUAAGAGCAACACCAUAGAUAGAAAAAUAUAAAAACAGGAAUGUGGCACGUGCACAGCCCCAACACCACUUCCCACUUCCCACUUUCCAAAGCGCGUGUUCUUCGCGGCGGUCGGAAUUUCAAGAAAGCUUAUUUUAUCCACCACCAUUACUACUAACUGUAUACUAUGGCUAAAAUGGCUGCUGACCCUUUUUCUGUACGAGCAGAAGCUAGUUGUUCCUCUUCUCCUUCAAGGAUAUUUGCUUUCAGAAUUAGAGCUUAUAAUAAUCAGCAUAUAGAUGACAAGAACAGGUUCUACAAGGAGCUUGGUACAUUCGCUUUGAAAAGGAAGAUUGAAGAUUUGGUACUCCGUGCUGAGAUGUUGACACCAACAGCACUAGAAUUUGAAGAAGCAAGACGCCUCAAACAGGAAGAGGUUAUUCGUGAGUAUGACUUGUGGGAUGAUGUAGCCAAGUCAGAUGAAGACCUUGUGCGAUUAGCUGAGAGCGCUAAAGCCAUUGAUUCCCUCAAAGACCUUCGAUACAAGGCUGAAGAAGCUAAGCUGAUUACAGAGCUGGCAGGAAUGGAUUCUAUCAACUAUGAGUUUUUAAAGCAGGCCUAUACAGCCUGUGUCAGUGUGAAUAAGUCAUUAGAUAAGUAUGAACUGUCCAAACUUCUUAGGGAGCCAUAUGAUAUGGAGGGAGCAUGCGUCACCAUUGAAUCUGGAAAUGAGGGCAUUUACUCAGAGAUUUGGGCAGAACAACUGACAAGAAUGUAUAUCAAAUGGGCCGAAAAGCAAGGUCAUAAGGCGAGAAUUGUUGAGAAACAAGAUUCUGAGAGUGGUGGUAUCAAAUAUGCGAUGAUUGAGUUAGAGUUCAAGUCAGCAUACGGCUAUCUUUCAGGGGAAAGAGGAAUCCAUUACAUGAGUGGAAGUUCUGAAAAUAAAUUCGACCUCUCAAAGGUUAUCAAGCCUGAUGAAUUGAAGGCCGGAACUGCUGCUGUUGAUGUUAUUCCUCUUUUUCUUGAAUCGUCCCCUGAGCUCUCAAUUGAUGAAAGCGAUCUAGAAAUCACGAUACGACCAUCAUAUGAAGAGGAACAGAGCAACACAUCGCCUUCACUCACCAUUCAGCAUAUUCCAACAGGAUUGCAAGUCCGAUCAACAGGUGAAAGAAGCCGGUUUGCAAAUAAGCUGAAGGCCCUCAAUAGAUUAAAGGCAAAGCUUCUCAUUGUAAUGAGGGAGCAGGGAGUCUCCGACUUGGCUAGUGUUAGAAGUAGUGCUAUCUCUAGUAGCUGGAAUCAAGUGGCCAGAAGGUAUGUAUUUCACCCAAACAAACUGGUAGAAGAUAUAAAGACGGGCAUCCAAUUGUCUGAUAUUACUUCUGUGUUAAACGGAAAUAUUGAACCAUUUAUCGGUGCCCACAUCAAUAGCAGACGGCAUGAAAUCCUGUGAGCCAGAUGCGACAGGAUCCGAACCUUGGAGUUCUGCUAAUGAUUUGAUGCAUCAUUCUCAUAUACUUCAACCCCCUUUCUUAUAAGGAAAAGAAAAAAGGAGAGAUUUUGUGAUAAGAAAAGGAAAAGGAAAAGGAUGGGAGAGAAAUGGAGUCACUGCUCCAUUUUGCAAUGCAAGAUGAUGCACUUGUUUGUCAUAUUUUUGUUAGAAUUGGUUCUUAAAUUGUGUAUUAUUAAGCUGGUGGCAACAUUUUAUAGUUGUGCUCUACAGAUAUGUAAAAGAGUCAUGAUGAAACUUUAGAUGACUCAAAACCACAGGCUAAA